AUGGCUGCGCCUAGUCAAAACACGGGCCCUCGCCGGGCUCGCCAAUCGCGCAAACACAUCGCCUCGAAGAUUGCUGCCUUCGCAUUGCUCUCUGCGUCGCCGAUGUUGGUGACAGCUCAAGAUUCAAACUGUAUCUCUCUAAAGGGCUCCAAGGAGUGUCCAGCAUUUACAUCCGCCUCCAUUUCCACCGGGGACACCAUCCGUAAUUUCUUAUACCAGUCUUUGUUUGGCUGCAAGGACCUCGACUUGACCAACACCAGUGCCUUAUAUGCUCGUUUCACAACAAGUGUGUUGUGUAACGCUAUUGUCCAGAACUCUAUUGAGCCCUGCGGUCUUUCUGCAACACAGUCUCGACCCCUGUGUGCCGACGACUGUGCCGACUUCGCCCAGAGCGAGGUCUAUUUGACAUCAGACAACGAAAUCUGCUCCAACCCGUCAGACGGCCUGCUGCAGCUAAUAAGGGCCGAUUUCACCAACUGUGCCCUUCCCGGAGGCUCAUUGGACUCAUCGACGUGUAUCAAAGCCAUCGACAACGAGUCGGAAAACUGUGGCUAUGGUAACAGCACCAUUGGACUUUGUUCCUAUUGUGGAUCAAGCGGCCUUAACUCGACCGAUACCUGCUGCUACAAUUCCAAUGCUGAGGACCGUUGUAAAGAUGUACAGCUGCCAACAUUGGCCGCCACCAUUACUUUCUCUCGAGAAUCUCCAACGGCUUCGGCGACUGAAUCAAGCACUGCGGAUGAGGCAACCGACGAGGACGGAGGUGGUGGGUUAAGCGGUGGCGCAAUUGCUGGAAUCGUCAUUGGGGCUCUCGCAGGUGUAGGUUUGCUUGGACUGGCGCUCCUUUUGUGUCUCAGGAGAAGACGGAGACCGGGUAGCCCCAAAGGCAGUAUUUUCAACCAACCCUCGCCCGCCCGACAGGGUCCAACUGCUAUGACUCAAGCAACAACCUCAACAGCUCCUCAGGGAUACGAAGUUCUUCCGGGUGGCCGUAUAGCGCGUAUGUCCGCACUGGAGGGUCAUUCUGGCAAUUCACCAUCUCACCAUCGCGACACUUCAUCAGCCGCGGGAGGAAUGGCUGCGGUAGGGGGUUAUCAACGAAGAGGCGUUGACAACUCUUCAUCAGACGAGUUCGCGUCAAGCCCACCUUCCUCCGAAACUCGCGGCGGAAUUCUUCGACCACCACCCGCUAGGCCUCGACGAACUGGUUCACUUUCAAGCAACUCCGCCCUUGGUAGCUCUGUACCGCAGUCUCCAUCUAGCGCUGGGGAUUUCUCGUCACCACAGGGCGUUGCCAGUCAACAAUCAGAACAGUUGCCCUUCUUCAAGGACUACUAUUCCCAGGAUGAUAUUCACCCUGGUGACAAAAUCGCCGCCCUUUGGGCUUACCAACCCCGCGCGGCCGACGAAUUCUCUUUAGAGCGUGGUGAUAUGCUCAAGGUUGUGGGCAUUUGGGAUGAUGGCUGGGCGACAGGUGUGAUGCUCAAUGAGCGGGCAGAUGAAUGGGAGGCUCGACGACAAGCUCAACGCGAUAGUGGCGUCUCGAACGCGUCGGGUCGCCGUGACAGCUCACCGGCGGCGGAAGGCGAGAUCAAGGCAUUCCCUCUGGUCUGCGUUUGCCGACCUGAACACUGGAGAAAGACCAUCGAAGGCGAUGGAUCAACGGAAUCUGGCUCUAAUGCUUUCGCCGCUUUCUGA